AUGAAAUUAAUGUCUGAUAUAAAGAACUCGUUGAAGAGUGGAUCCGAUAGAGUGGACAAUACAUUGAUAUUAGUUGAACACAAACCCGUCUACACAAUAGGUCUGCGGAACAAAGCAUACGACGAUCGGGAACUGUCUUCGAGAUUAAGAGGUUUGGGGGCGGACUUUGUGGCCACAAAUAGAGGCGGUUUAAUCACUUUCCACGGUUUGGGACAACUAGUCGUUUAUCCCAUACUAUAUUUGGGAUCAUUUAAUGUUAACAAAAGCAUCAGAUGUUAUGUGAGAGCAUUGGAGACAACAAUCAUUGAUUUGUGCCAAUCGUUUGAAGUGAACGCUUCAGUCAUCGACGGAUUGCCCGGCGUUUGGGUCGACAACGACCGUAAGAUCGCCGCCAUUGAGAUCAUUCCCUGCGGUAUUGCAGACAAAACGGUUACUUCGCUUUCAAAUGAACUCAAACGCAAUGUCACUGUCGAGGAAGUGAUCCCCAAAUUCUUGCACUCAUUUCAAAAUCAAUUUAAUUCGGCACUUAUUGUCGCUGGAAGUUAUGGAGAAGAGAUAGAAGCGCCACAAUUUGGUGAUACCUAUUACGUUGAAGCCGUGCUAUCGCUUCCUUAUGCAGAGAUCAAAGAACCAGUUGUCGCUUAUUUCGACGGAUCUAAUAAUAGGAGUCGAGUUGACUAUUACGGAGAUUUAGUUCAAACCAUACAAAGAGCCGAUUUAUCGGACGGAGGCGUUAACUAUAAGUUUGCUUAUAUGGUUGACCCCAAAGGAAACGCACAGAAAGUGUGUUUUCGUAUAAAUGGCACUAAAGAAGUUCCCGUCUCUUCUCAACCACUUUUACCCGAUUUAACGGCAUUUAAAAAGUCUGGAACUGAAAUCUGUUCCGAUUUGUUCGGUCUCUUACCAGCGAAAGCUGUUUGCACGACUGGCACUAUAGAAGGGGUUUAUUUUGUAAAGAGCGGUCAUUUAGUGAAACUUUCAGAGCAACAGUUGAUAGAUUGCAGUUGGAAUGAAGGCGACAAUGGAUGUGAUGGCGGAGAGGACUUUAGAGCCUAUGAGUAUAUAAUGAAAGCAAACGGAUUGUCAACUGAAGACGAUUACGGCCACUAUCUGGGAGUUGACGGCAAGUGUCACGACAAGAGUGUGAAGAAAACAAUUCAUUUGAAGGGCUUUUAUAACGUGACUUCUGGAGACACGGAAGCGCUGACAACUGCUCUCUACUACGAGGGACCCGUUACUGUUGCCAUCGAUGCCUCACAUAAAUCGCUCUCAUUUUACUCGAGUGGUGUAUAUUAUGAGCCCAAUUGUGGUAAUAAACCAGAAAAUCUUGAUCAUCAGGUUCUGGCGGUUGGCUUUGGAAGCCUUAAAGGGGAGAAGUAUUGGCUCAUUAAGAACUCGUGGUCUACUUAUUGGGGUAAUGAUGGCUAUGUCCUCAUGAGUCAAAAGGAGAACAACUGUGGUGUCACUACUGAGCCUACCUUUCCUAUCAUUGCUGAUCACUGAAUGCAAUCAACACAAUGUCAUUGCUUUCACACAUUUAUUCUUUAAUUGCUUUUCAAUUCCUAAAGUUUCGCUCAAUUUUUAAAUAAAAAAUAUCCAAAUGUUUGCAAUGAUUUAAAACUACAAUAAGUGUAAUAAAAGUGUU